CUAGUUUGGAGUCCAAAUCAUUUUAUCUUAAACGGACCGACAUGUCGUUCGUCCUGGCGCCACCUUGGUACCGGGAAAGUUUUUAAUUACGAUUUACGGCGGUAUGCUCUGAAUUCGACACUCGGCGCGGCCAUUUUUUCAUUCACUGCGGCGAAGCACAGUCGUCUCGAAAGAAGUUGGCUUCAGACUGAAUACGGGUUCCGCCUCGGAGCCAUCGGCACAUGAGCCGGCACCGACUCAUCGAAAGAAGAGCUGGCUGUGGAUGCUGCGGUAACAUGUGAGCAUAGCUUUUGGGAUUUUUGACAGAAUUGGAGUAAAAUUGUAGUUACAGAAGUCUUGUACGUAGGCUUUUUUGUAGAUGGGGACUAUCAAGCCCCUGCCGAAGUCAGUUCGUAAUUCUGUGCGUGCUGGCGUUAUUCUCUAUGAUGUCACGAAGGUCGUGGAAGAGCUUGUUUAUAAUAGUUUGGAUGCUGGUGCGUCAAAGAUUUCAAUUUUCAUUGGCAUUGGGACAUCCUAUGUUAAAGUAGUGGACGAUGGAUCUGGUAUUACUCGAGAUGGGUUAGUCUUGCUCGGAGAAAGAUAUGUGACAUCAAAAUUUCACGAUCUCAUCGACAUGGAUCUCAAAGGUGGAACAUUUGGCUUUCGAGGAGAGGCAUUGGCUUCCAUUUCAGAUUUGUCAUUAGUGGAGAUCAUAACUAGAGCAUGUGGGAGGGCAAAUGGAUAUCGUAAAGUCUUAAAGGGUUGCAAAUGCUUGUAUCUUGGAAUUGAUGAUAUGGAAGAUUUUGGCACUACUGUUAUUGUUCGAGAUCUGUUUUACAACCAACCAGUUCGAAGGAAACAUAUGCAAUCCAGCCCCAAGAAGGUCUUGCAUGCAGUCAAGAAAUGUGUAGUUCGAACUGCCCUUGUACAUUCUAAAGUUUCCUUCAAAAUUGUAGAUAGUGAAAGUGAGAGUAUUCUUCUUUGCACGGAUCCCUCUCCUUCUCCUUUAUCACUUUUGAGAAGUGGGUUUGGUAGUGAGGUUUCCAGGUCUCUCCAUGAAUUAAAAAUCGGUGGUGGGGACUUAAAGCUAUCAGGCUAUAUAUGCAGUCCGUUUGACAAUUUCAGUAUCAAGGGUGUUCAAUAUGUCUAUAUUAACAGGCGAUUCAUUUGCAAGGGCCAAAUUCAUAAAUUACUUAAUCAACUGGCCGGUAGAUUUAUGAGCCUGGAUCCACAGACUGACCUUGUCUUUCACAGAAGGAAGAGAAGCAGGUCUGAAGCAAAUCCUGCUUAUGUUUUAAAUUUAGAGUGCCCUGUAUCUUUCUACGAUCUAACAUUUGAAUCAUCCAAGACCUUUGUUCAGUUUAAGGACUGGACCCCAAUACUUACCUUCAUUGAAGAGGCCAUUCAACAAUUUUGGAAGGAAAAAUAUAAUUGUGGAAAAUCUGUGGUCCAUUCAGCCCCCAUAGUUGGAGAUGAGCUGUGGAAGGAUGAAGAUAACACGAUUUCAACAAAAUCAAAUGAUAUUCUAUCUGUGAAGAAGAACAGAAUGCAAAGCUGCCAGGCUUCCCUCAUUGAUAUGUUUUCACCAUCAGUCAUGUUCACAAAACAUGAUGACAUCUUGUCCUAUAGGUUUUGUGACAAAAAGGCACGUGAGAGUUCACACACAAGUUCAAUUGAAUUUGAUGACGGUGAUCACCAUCUAGCUAAGAUGCAAUUUAGUCACCAAGCCGGUCAUUUCCCAAAAUCAUGGGAUACUCCCUUGGCAAAAUGCUCAACUACAGCUGUCCGAAACAAUGACCAUUACCAAUUGGUACCUGAAUUUCCUUUUGUAUCUGAAGGCUCCUUUUUGGAUAGAAGGCUGAAUUCUCCAAAAGGAUGUGAUGACAUUGUUGAGGAGAAUAUCUUCUGUUCAGAUUUUAAAGGUCAAUCAUCUAAAAUGCAUAUCGAUAUGAUCACUGGGUCUGCCGAAAGUACACCAUCUUCUUACUUUCAUGAAAUUAGCUAUGAUGAUUGUAUCUUCAUGGGUAACAAACCUUCACUUACGGGAUGCUCCUCAAUGAGCAGUUUUCAUCCGUACAUUCAAAAUGAUGUCAUCGACAGAACCCAAAUGCAAGGAAUGCUUGAUGAUGAAGUUGAUAUUAUGAAACUUGAUGCUUACAUCAAGGGUUCUGAUUUUUGUGCCGGAUCCUCAUUGCAUGCUGAGCAUAUGCAGAUGUUUUUGUCAAGUUAUCAGACCAGAAAUUCCCCAAAUGCUCACAUGACUUCAAAAUCCAUAUUAGCUACAGAAUGGGAUGUUGAUUGCUUCAGUGUUAGGGAUGAGGUCGAAAGGAGCUGGAGAUCUAGAGAUAGGACACCCUUCAAGCAGUUGGUGGAUGAUGAUGAAAAGGGCUGCCGAUUUGAUUAUGAUAUCAUGUUGAGUAGCUCCAAAAAAAAUAAUUACAAGUCAAGUUACACCGAUAGUGCAAUGAUAGUUGAUGAUGUUUUUGAUACUAGAGAAAACCUUGGUAACUUCCUUAAAAAGUCAAAUAAUUUUGAACAUUCUUCUCCUAGGAGUCCUGAUAUGCACUCCCGUCAGAAGUAUUUUUCCAAUUGGAGAUUGCCUGAAAGAGAUUGUGAAAAGGCUUAUGGAAGCUCAGAACCUAAGUUUGGACAUCAAGCUUUUAAACAGAAGUACUGUUCUGUUGAAAGGCCUAGAAGAGGCAAAUCGGCUCCACCUUUUUACAAAAGAAAGACGAGUUUCUAUUGCCUGGACCAACAGAAGGCAGAAAGGCCUAAUGCCGCUAGUUUCUAUUGCCUGAACGAAGGAAAAGCUGAUCAGUCUAGUGCCUCUAGUUUCUAUUGCAUGGACCAGGGGAAAGUUGAAAAGCUUAAGGCAUCGGUCUUCCUUGACAGCCCACCCCAUUUAGAACCAGUUGAGCUGAGAGAUUCCGAACAUGUCUCUGGUACUAGUAAUCAAUAUGUUAAGCCUUUUCCUGUUGAUGACUUAUUGGUUGAAACCAGAUCUUCCAGAACAGAUACGAUAAAGAUGUCUGCUAUUAUAGGAAAUGGUGAGGAGAAACAAGGAGAGAUCUCCAAGCAGUCCCAAUCCGAUGUUAAGGUUACUGAAAGUGCUAUAGAAUUAUGCUCAAAGGAAACUCAAGAGUCCUCAGAUCUAUGGAUCAAAUGGAAAAAUUGCUGUCCAACUACAAGAAAUGAGGAUUCACAUGCUUUUGACGAUGAAGUUAGCAUACUUGAUAUCUCUUCAGGGUUCCUAUCGCUUGCUAGCAAUUCCUUAGUUCCAGACUUGAUCGAUAAAAAUUUCCUUGAAAAUGCAAAAGUUCUUCUACAGCUAGACAAGAAAUUCAUUCCAGUUGUUUCUGGUGGAAUUUUGGCUGUUAUUGAUCAGCAUGCUGCAGAUGAAAGAAUCCGACUUGAAGAUCUUCGUCAAAAGCUGUUGUCCGGUGAAGCAAAGACUACAGCCUAUCUAGAUGCUGAACACGAGCUGGCACUGCCAGAGAUUGGUUACCAGUUGCUGUAUAACUAUGCUGAUCAGGUUAAAGAGUGGGGUUGGAUCUGUAAUAUUCAUGCUCAAGAUUCAAAAUCCUUCCGAAGCAAUUUGAACAUCCUACACAAGCAGGAAACGGUCAUCACGCUAAUGGCAGUACCAUGCAUAUUAGGGGUUAAUUUAUCUGAUGUAGAUCUUCUGGAGUUUCUUCAUCAGCUUGCUGAUACAGAUGGCUCAUCAACGAUGCCACCAUCCGUACUUCGAGUUCUUAAUUCAAAGGCCUGCAGAGGUGCAAUUAUGUUUGGAGACUCUUUGUUACCUUCGGAGUGCUCCCUUAUCGUUGAAGAACUGAAGCAGACUUCUCUAUGUUUCCAAUGCGCCCAUGGACGGCCAACGACGGUACCUCUUGUGGACUUGGAGGCAUUGCAUAAGCAGAUAAAGGAGCUGGAAAUACAUGGCAAAAGUGGUUCAAAUGGAACGUGGAAUGGUCUGGGACGACACGAGCUGAGCAUAGAAAGGAUGUUGCAGCGCUUGAGUUCGGCUGAAGGUUUAUAAUACUCUUGGGAAAUGCUGCCCUUUCAUCGAGGAGACUAAUUGCCCAGGAGGUGGAGUAAAUAGCAGCAUACAGAGUAGAUUGGAUUGAGUAGCAUUUUUAGACGAUGCAUACAAGCAAUAGUUGGGGACGAUGAUUUGUUAAAAAAAGGCAGUGUUUCUGUAGUUCAAGUAUCCUUGGAGUUUUGGUUGUAAUUCUUACAAUAAACUGUUAUCUACGCUCCAUCUAAAUAAAUUCUUUUGAAACAUUGUAAAUAAAGCUAAAUGUUUCUUAAAAGAAUAUUGGUCCAAUCAGAUGAUUUGGUCUGGUUCUUGAAA